AUGUCGAAGUCCACGGUCGGGGGCGCGCAACAGCCUCUUCUGGCCAUCGACCCCUUCAACGCUUUCAAGGUGGACGACCUCACCAACUACUCGAUGGACGACCAACGCUGGACGCUGCAGAGGAAAAAGAUCGGGCUGAAACGACGGACGAAAGGGACGCGAGCAAGACGAGUUCGGGACAUCAGGACCCGAGACAUCAAUCUGACCUUCAUAAGGUCACACUUCACCAGGAAAGAGUGCGUUAGAUACGGCCGUGAUCCCAGCCGAAAUGGUCGUAGAAUUUGCUUCUGUGGACUAUCGGAAGUCGAGCAUCUUUCCCCCGACCGCCUCCUCAAACCCAUUUCCGGAACCAAUACACGGACCGGCAGCCGACUCGGGUCCUUCCAAGAGGAGGGAGAGGAGGUGGAAGAGGAGAUCAUCAUGGGAGACAUGAACAGCAUGACCUCCUCAAUCAUGGGCAUUUUGGGCAUCAACGGCGCGCCCUGGGGACAGCCUCCGCCGGCGUCCCUUGCACCACGAGGCUCAUUUGACUCGAAAAGCGUAGUUAGUGACGUAGAAGCAGGAACUGACCGUGGACUUCCCGAGAGCCUCGUCAAUGCUAUUGGGAUAACGCCGAGAAUGCAGUCGCGUGUGUACCCUGUAAGUAUAGAAAGGAAACCAUUUUACAAAGAAUCUUCCCUCUCCUUCUCCAAACAGACGGAUCAAGGUCUUACUCCAUCAUCCUUCCUCGAACCCAGGCUGAACGUCCCUCCAACGACCGCCAAGUGGGACUCGAGCACCCACAUUCAAGAGCUGCCGACCAAUGCUUAUGGAACCAUCGACUUCAUCAAUGAGACUGCGGGCUCGACCAAACCAGCCAAGUACAUCAGGCUGUCAGACUCAACGAACAUCCAGACCGUGCUGACUCUCCUGACGGACUACUGGCGGAUGAUGGAGCCCCAGCGCCCUCAGCUCGUCAUCUCGGUCACGGGCGGCGCUGACUUCCUGAGGCUGGAUGGGCGGAAGAGGGAGAUCUUCUCGACUGGGCUCAUGAAGGCUGUCAAAUCUACUGGCGCUUGGAUCCUCACGGGCGGCCUGCAUUUGGGCGUGAACAGGAUCGUGGGCGAAGCUGUUAACGAAAGCCAGUACACUGUCAAGACGCAAGAGUACCUGGCCAGAGGAAUCCGGUGUCUCGGGGUGCUUCCUUGGGGCUUCGUGAGAGACAGGCAUCUUCUCCUCAACUCAGAUCUGAAUGAGUUUGAGGAAGUGAGGUACAAGGUCCAGGAGCGGACGAACCUGGAGGACCCCGUGUCCCUGGACGGCGACCACACCCACUUCCUGAUGGUGGACGACGGGACCCGCGACCACUUCAACGGCACGGUCAAUUUCAGAACCCGCUUGGAGGAGGCCAUCCAGGCGGAGGAGCCCUCAGGCCUGGGCAUUCCCGUGGUCGUGGUGCUGCUCGAGGGAGGCCUCGGAGCCCUGGGGCAAGUGUGCCAUGGCGCUGAAGAAGAAUAUCCCUGUGGUGGUCGUGGGCGGCACGGGGCGGGCGGCCGACCUCCUAGCUUACGCUGUGUCCAUGACGGCCGUUACAUCCUGCGAAGACAGUACAUCACGCAGCUGAUGAACAAAAUCCUCGCCGCCAUGACUGAACUCCAAGGCAAAACGGAGAAGCAGAAGAAAUGCGCGGAUUACGUGUUGGAGUGCUGCGCGAGAGCCAACAUGAUCAUCACUUUCGACAUCGACUGCGCAGAAGGACUCGACCACUGUAUCCUCUAUGCGUUGCUAACAGGAGGAGCUCAGUCGUCUCGCCUGGAUCAGCUGAGCCUCGCCCUGCUGUGGGACCGCCCCGACAUCGCCGAGCACCACAUCUUCCCGGCCGAGUCCAACUGGGCGUCGUGGGACCUGAAGGACCUCAUGACGACGGCGCUGCUGGAGGAGAAGGUGGAGUUCGUCAAGCUGUUCAUCUUGAACGGCUUGGUCAUGAGCGACUACCUGAACGUGACGACACUGCGGUACCUGUACAACGAGGCGUGCAAGACGGAGUCCCACACGCACCUGAGGCGGCUCCUCCAGAGGUCCUCCCGGAGCAGCUACCACUACCUAGUCCACGUCCACAACAUCCUCCAGGCGAUGCUUAGGAAACACCACGAUCCGGUGUACCUUACCGACACUCCACAGGCCGUCAUGGUGGAUUCGAGCAUCAACUACCUCACUUUCGAUGACCCUUACCAAGAGCUCCUCCUGUGGGCGAUCUUCAGCCGGAGAGGACGACUCGCUCGCUUCCUGUGGGAACGCUGUGAAACCCCGCUGUGCGCUGCUGUGGUAGCUUCGUGCGUGUAUCAGAGUCUCUGGAAGUCCUUAGGAGCCAAGAACACCGUCAUCCUCAAUGAGUACCUGAAGCAGAAGACCAUGUUUGAGACUCUGGCUGUGGAGCUCCAGGACGUGUGUUACCAGGAGGACCCGCCGAACGCCAUGGGUCUCGUGGAGCGCAGGAACCCGAAGUGGGGCCAGAUGGACUGCCUCGAACUCGCGCACCUCGCCAACGACCUCAUGUUCAUCGCGACCCCGUGUUCCCAGGCCUCCGUCGAGCUCAACUGGCGGAGGGGCAUGACCAGGGCGCCGCCCCUCGCCGUCACCAUUUGUAACUUUCUCCCGUUUCUCGUCUGGACGAAGUUGUUUGGCUUCCAAAAACUCGGCGACAAUGGGGGAGAGCUCACAGCGUGGCAAAAACUCGUCGUGUUCUACAAGUCCCCCAUCUCCAAGUUCUUCGCUCACUCCACCUCCUUCGUCGUGUUCCUCCUCCUGUAUGCGUAUGUGAUCCUGUUCGACUUCAAGUACGAGAUGUCUGUGACUGAGAUACUGGUCAUCUGCUGGAUUUUCACCUUCAUCGUCGGUGAGUUGUCUGAGAUAACAACUGAACAGUCCACGUCAGUGCGGGGAAAGAUCAGCGACUGGUUGAAUAGCGUAUGGAACCGAUUCGAUCUGAUGGCUAUUGUCCUGGCACUGUUGGCACUGGCACUCAGACUCUACCGGGAAACCUUCAAGUGGGGUCGGAUCGCCUACUCCCUCAACACCACUCUCUUCUACUGUCGCCUCUUCAGGAUCUACCAUGUCAACUACCAUUUGGGACCCAAGCUCGUUAUCUUCUACAGGAUGAUCUCCGAAGUCCUGGUGUUCAUGGCGCUUCUGGUGAUCUUCAUCCUCGGCUACGGCAUCGCGUCGCAGGGCCUCAUGCACCCCGGCCGGGACGUCUCCUCCCUCAACCUGACGGACGUGGGCCAAAUCAUGAGCGAGGUUCUGCUCACGCCCUACUGGCAGAUGUACGGCGAACUCCUGCUGGACGAUAUCAAAGGUGGUGACGUCGAAACGUGCUAUCAACAGUCCUGCACAGUCCCCGAGUCCUGUGUGACUGAAGGACGAAAUUGCAUUCAAGACUGUGUGUGUGAGAACGCCAGGGAAUACACGUGGGCUGUAAACCUCAUGCUGUUUAUCUAUCUCAUUAUUGGGAACAUCAUGUUGCUCAAUCUUCUCAUAGCUAUUUUCACGUACGUAUUCGACGAGGUCCAAGAAAACAGCAUGGAGAUCUGGAAGUUCGAGAUGUACCGCUUGAUCCGCGAGUAUGACAGCAAACCGUCGUUGGUUCCUCCCUUCGUCGUGCUCGAAUACGUGUGGAGGAUUAUGAAAGCCAUUUGGAAAGUCACGUGUCGGAAGAAGAAGGAAAAUCUUGAGGAUUACAUGAAGUACACUCUAACGUCUCUGAAAAUCUUCGAAAAGGAAUGCAUUCAGACGUACCUGGCGAGAGUCACUGCCGCGGAGGAAGGCAAACUCGGCAACAGGGUGAAGAAAAUAAGCGAGAAAAUCGAUAAAGUGUCGAAGUACAUCGAGCAGAGGGAAGAAAUCGAAGAGAUGUGA